AUGAACGACGACUUCUGCCGGGCGCUGGCGGCCCGCCGGCCCGCGACGCCCCCCGGUUGCCUGCCUUUGGGCAUCGGGCCCCCUCCCCGACCGGCGACCCCGGCCCGCGCCGAGCCUCUGGGCGCCGUGCCCUUCCUGCUGUACCCGGGCGCCGCCCGACCGCCCUACUGCGACGCCUACGCGGCCGCGUUCCCCGGCGCGCCCUUCCCGGGCGCCCUGGGCACCUGCCACUACCCCUUCGAGCCCGCCUUCCUCCAGAAGCGCAACGAGCGCGAGCGCCAGCGCGUCCGCUGCGUCAACGAGGGCUACGCGCGCCUCCGCGGCCACCUGCCUGGCGCCCUGGCCGAGAAGCGGCUCAGCAAGGUGGAGACCCUGCGCGCCGCCAUCCGCUACAUCAAGCACCUGCAGGAACUGCUGCGCGCCGCCCCCGACGGCCCUGGGCCCCGCGAGCCCCGCGGCCGCGCCCCCCUGGCGCCCGACUCGUCCGAGCCGUCGUGCUGCUCUUCCUCGCCCUUCUUCGAGUCGGAGGACUGCAGCCACUGACCGGGCUGGGGCCGCCCGGGCUCGGGGUGCUCAAGCGUCCGCGGCACCCUCCCUCCGCCAGCGCCAC